CUUCUCUUCCUCCCACCACCAUCCUCCUUCCUGCUCAUAGAAUGACAUCUCUAUUCGUCACUGUCAAGCACGGUCCAACAGCUCACUCCUUAUCACUGGACACCUCCCAGUCCCCAAUGGCAUUCAAGCUUCUCGUCAGUGGCACGACGGGAGUACCAGUGGAGAGGAUGAAGCUCAUGCUUCGGGGCAAAGUCGUCAAGGACGACUCCUCGUGGGACGAGUUCAAGCCUAAAGCCGAUCAAACGUUUAUGGUCCUCGGGUCUGCGACCGAGCUCCCAAAGCCCCCCGAUCAGCCGGUCGUCUUCCUGGAAGAUAUGAGCGACCACCAGUUGGCCGAUGCUCUACGCAUGCCCGUCGGGCUUGUCAACAUGGGCAAUACCUGCUACAUGAACUCGACCCUCCAGCUACUGCGUUCCGUCCCCGAGCUCCAGACCGCGCUUGCGGCCUAUCCCAACCAGCAGCUUGACCUCACCGGGGCGUUGCGGGACGUGUACGCCGGGAUGGGGCAGACCACAGACCCCUUCUCGCCUUUUGUAUUCCUUACUUUGUUGAGACAGGUCAACCCCCAAUUUGCGGAGAUGACGAGAACGGGCGGCGGAUAUGCGCAACAAGAUGCGGACGAGUGCUGGCAGCAGAUCGUCACUUCGCUCAACAACCUGCCCGGGAUCCACCCUGCCCACAGGGGGGACGUGGAGAUGGACGAUGCUGGCUCUUCUGCUCCGGUCAGGCAUUUCACAGAACAGUUCCUGAUGGGGGAGAUGAGCAAGACGCUGACGUGUGACGACGCGCCUGAUGAGCCACCUACACAUUCAAAGGAACGGAUCUUCAAGCUGGAUUGUAACAUCUCUAUUAACACAAACUUUAUGAUGUCUGGGAUCCUUGACUCGUUGGACCAGAAGAUUACCAAGAAUAGUUCAAGUUUGGGACAGGAGGCAACCUAUACCGAGAAGAGCAGGGUUUCUCGCUUGCCGGAGUACCUGACGGUGCAUAUGGUUCGCUUUUACUGGAGGCGAGAUAUUUCCAAAAAGGCGAAGAUUAUGCGCAAGGUCAAAUUUCCCUUCGACUUUGACGCUUCGGAACUCCUCACCCCCGAUCUAGCUAAGCGGCUGCAGCCAAUCCAAGGUCGCAUACGGGAGAUUAAGAAGGAACGUGACGAGCGGCGGAAAGUGCGUAGGAAGACAAAGGAUAGCGCGGACGGGAGCGUGAAGAAAGAGGAGGGGGAGAAGGAGAAGCUCGCUAGGCAGGAAGAGGCUGCUGAGCUGGAGAAGCUUGUAGAUCCUGGGCUGAGGGAGGACGUAGGUGCCAGCGUGACGGGGUUGUAUGAGCUUAUUGCGCUCGUGACGCAUAAAGGCGCGUCGGCGGACUCAGGCCACUAUAUCGGCUGGGCACGCAAAGACAGUAUCACCCCACUUUCUGUCACUGCCUCUAUAGACGAGCAGGAAACGGCACGCGAUGUGUGGUACAAGUUUGAUGAUGAUAAGGUGUCGCCCGUGGACAAGGAUAAGAUUGCCCUCCUGGAUGGGGGUGGAGAGGACUCGACGGCGUAUAUCUUGUUGUAUCGGAGUAAACGGUUGGAUUGAGCUAUGAGAUUGGUAGUGGAGAAUAGCAAUGUCGAUGAUGGGGUUAGCGUGUCCCACAACUCCUAAUUUUGACUCUUCCUGGAUUAAUUAGCUUGGAACGAUGGAAGAAGGAAUGAGUCAUCGAGGCCCUCCUUGGUUCCUUUGCUCAGCCUCCAUGCCCCACGCGCAAGUUUUGCCCCAGGCUUCUUCGGAUUGCUCUUAUUAUCCUGGUUGCAUUUCACCCACACGGGCCUGAGCAGUGAAUUUCCAUAGCCUGUCCUGCC